GAUAAAUCUUCGGGGUGACAAGUGUACGCGGCAGGAAGAAGCUGGAGCCACAAAGGAGCAAAAGCCAGUUCGCCACCUUGGGGCAGAGUGGAGGAUAAAGUCUGGGCAAGAAAGAGAUGGAUAAAGAUGACAAAUGUCAUGUCCUUCCCAAUUCUUGGAAACCGGCAGCUUUCUGGCUCCCUGUGUUUCUGGCUAAGUGUAUUCUGUUUCAGACAUGUGUGACCUCAGAUUCAUCACGAUACAAGUUGAGCUGCUUUUUUGCUACCUCCUGCUGCACCCUGUGGAUGUCAUUUCAUAUGGAAACCAGACAAAUAUUCCCUCAUCCUUGAGAUCCUGGCCACCUUCCUCAGACCCCUUGUCCUGCCAGAUUCUGCUCCCAAAGUCCCUGCCUGGCUUCAUCCACAUGGCUCCUCUACCCAAGUUCCUGGUAGCCUUGCCACUGGUGAUAGCCCUGGAGAAAGCUGGUUGCCAGGCUGAUGUCUGGGCCCUGCAACUUCAACUGUACCACCAGGGGGGUGUAAAAGCUACACAGAAACUCAUCCAACAUCUUCAAGAGCUCCAGAAAAGCGGAAGCACAGGGAGGGUCGCUUCAGUGGAUGCCCUGGCCUCUGCUCUACAGCUGUUGGCUAGGGAGCAACCAGGCCCAGAAAGGACCCGACGCUCCCUCCCUACCAAUGACUGUGAGCCGGAGCAGGAGCACGGUGUGCACAAUAUAGUCAGGUUGUUUCCAGGAGUGGGAACCUACUACAAUCUCGGCACAGCUUUGUAUUAUGCUGCUCUGAACUGUUCAGACAAGGCCAAGGAACGAGGCCAAGAUGGGGUCAUAGAUAUGGGUUAUGACCUUCUGAUGACCAUGGCAGGAUUGUCUGGGGGACCCACAGGACUACUAAUCAGCGCUGCACUUAAACCUGCGGUGAAGGCUGGUAUUGAACAGUUGAUCCAGUAUUACUAUGGGAAAGAGGCAAACACCGCUCUGCCAGAGAUCAGCAUGGAGGACUGGGGGGGCACCUAAGAUGUGAGUGACCUGGAAGAAACAACUACCAUGGCCCUUUGGUGUUAGUUCACCUCCCUGAUUAGUUCAGGGCAUAUAUAAUGGCUAUGACUUAGAUCCUGGGAAUGGCAGUCUUGGGAUAUAAAAGGUGGUGAUCACAGAAUGAAUAAAUCUAAUAUUUUGACAAGCUGUAAUAUGUGUAUGUUCAAAAUCCCAAUCUCUGGUUUGUUAUCAAGGAGGAAGGAAGUGCUGUAAAAUGCAGGAAUUUUAAAGUUUGGGGUUUGGAGCCCGAGGAUUUAGAUUUGAAUCCAGGCUCCACUUGUAAGAGCCUCAGUGAUCACUGACCAGUAAUCACUUUUACUCCAAGCUCAGUUUCUUAAAACCUCUAAAGUAGUGAUAAUCAUUUUCAUCUGCAUGGGUUUUGUGGCAAUUAAAAACGAUACAAUGAACCUCAAGUUCUUAGCAAGGUACCAUCAAUA